GGAUGCACCAAAGCAUCAUCAGCUCCAUUAAUCGAAACAGGGAUAUAAGUCCCUGUUCCUUCUUUUGUACAGAUAGGAAGAUCCUGACGUCAAGAAAUAAAGGUUGAAGUGUAUAGGUUUGAUCACGGUCAGUCUGCUGGCUGAUCAGAUGACUGCACCGGCGUUGCCGAGAAGCUGUUCGACGAAUUGAUCCAACGGUGACCGUCAUGUUAGGUACGACGUCACGUGGUGGUGCUUGCUCUGGUUGGAUGAUUGGACGCUGUCGGGCCACUCGUCCUCUGAUGCCUUGAGCGCCACAUGGUUGGGCAGUAAUUACACUUGGCGUCACAGCUCUGCAGCCACCAAGCAUUUAUUCUUCUUACGCUUUUCUAUAGCCAUUAGCCAUCCCAUACAACUCGGACAGCCCCAUGGAUAAGGCCCUAUUGACCACUAUAAAGAAAGGUGAGAAAUCACCCGAAAGCGAGUGCUUUUAUCUCUUUUUAUCUUGGAGUAGCUCGGUUUAGAGUUGAUGGACUGCAGUGUCUUCCUGUUUAUGAUGCGAGGACACACGUUUCCUCUCUCUUUAAUGAUUCGAGCUAAGUUUCAGCCACAGCUAUCUCUCGGUUGUUAUUUGAGCGAAGAGCAGCUCAAUCACAUUCUUCGGUGCUUUCCAUGAUGGAUGAGCCUCUCCUUCCCACCUCCGCCCCCAAAACUGCCCCUCCUGCAUCCACGGCCUCCUAUCCCAGCUUCCUCCGGCGUCUCCGCAUCUUCCUUGUCCUCGCCGCCUGCGCCCUGUGGGCAAAUUACGAGGCCUCCAAGGGCUUCGACAUCACCGUCCUCCACGGCGCCUCGCGCAGCCCCGCCGCCCGCCGAUUCGGCCUGCUAUUCGUCUCCAACGGCCGAGCCGCCAGGCUCGUCCUCAGCUCCAGUGAUCUCGUUCAGCGCGUCCUCUACCCGGAUGAUUCGUUCCCUCGGAAGCCAGUGCGCCGGAUAACGCUUUUCUUGGCCGACGAAAACCUCAACGAGACCGUCGUGGUCAGCCACGGCCGCCACCCAGGCGAGUUCGUAGUCCAGCUGAGCCCGGCCGUCAUGAAGGCGGCGGACGUGCAGAUGUCGGUGGCUUCCGCGCUGCAGCGGGGCGUGGCUCGCGUCUGGCUCUGGGACGGGCGAGGCCAGGCCCCGAGACCGCUUCUUGACGCCAUGGUAGAGUACCUCACCACGCAGAACAACGCCAGUGCUACACUCCGCACCAAUUCCUGCUGCGCGGCGGGGGAGCAGCUGCGCGUAGCGCGCGUGAAUCGAGCCAUGCAGGAGGAGUGGGACGAUCGGAUGCUGGAGGAUGUAUGCGGCUCGCCUUCCGAAAAGGUCUGCUCGGCCUGCCAACCUCUUAUCGACCUCAGUACGUUCGCAAGGAACGUAGAUCCUCCUGAUCAAGAUCCAUAGACAUGAGCGUAUGAGUUAGUGUUAGCAGUGACAAUGGCCGAAUAAUUGAGGGGAAGCAGUAGUCAAUGCAUGACGCAGAAGCAAGUGGAGCCGACCGCUGAGCUACGAUCUAUGCAAGAUUAGGACUGCAUCUUGUACUACUUUUCUGUGAUCCUACAAUGGAUUCAGUCAGUACCAUGUCAUGCUUUGAAUCAGCGAAUGCAAGUAAUAGAUUGUGCAAUUAAUAGCCUAA